GCACCAACACCACCUUCAUCAACUCUCGCUACAAUGAAGAUCUUCGCCGCUGCCGCCAUCGCCGCCUGCGCUCUCACUGCUACCUCUGUCAACGCCGACGGAGCCGAGGGAGCCAAGUGGGGAUACAAGGCCAGCGACACCAGCAUGGCUGCACCCAACCAAUGGGCCGAGCACUACCCGACGUGCGGCGGUCAGCGCCAGUCGCCCAUCGAUAUCGAGACGACGGAGCUAGACAACGUCUCCGAGAAGCGCUCGCUGACCUUCAGCGGCUCGUGCGCUGACUUCGAUGUCUCGCAGUCGGACGAGUCCUUCACGGCCAGCGUGAACGGCGGCUCGUGCGCCGUGAGCGCCAACGGCGCGUCGUACAACAUGCUGCAGUUCCACAUGCACGUGCCGUCGGAGCACACGUUGAACGGCGAGCACCUGGGCGGCGAGGUGCACUUCGUGCACAGCAACGCGGACGGCUCUGCGCUGCUGGUGACGGGCGUGUUCUUCAAGGCCGUGCAGGGCGCGAGCGACCCGUGGGUGGUCUCCGUGCUGGACGCGCUGGACAAGACGAGCUCGAACGCGACAGCGUCGGCAAGUCUGACGUCGUACGCCGACCUGGUGAACAAGGCCGCGGACGCGCAGGGCGUGUUCAACUACGCCGGCAGCCUGACGACGCCCGCGUGCAGCGAGAUCGUGGACUGGUGGGUGGUGAAGAAACCCGUGGACGUGUCGACGGCCGACCUGGAGCGUCUGCAGUCUCAGUUGCGCGAGCUGCACAUCACGGACGACGGCAAGAACGCGCGUCCGGUGCAGCCGCUGAACGGCCGUGUCGUGACGGCGUUGCUGUAGAGUUGUAGCACGUUCGUGUUUGACAAUUAAAUAUAAAUGCUGAUACACUCCACGAC